CGCUCAUGAAAAUUGUUAACUUCCGUUUAUCAUGGCAGCAUUCAUCAAAUACAGAAUUGGACUGAUAAAUAGAGCUGUCAUUGUACUUCGCGACAAUGAUAAUUUCCUUAUGAAAUGUUCAUUCAUGAGAUUUAAGUUCACAGAUUCAGUAGAUAAUGAUUUAUUUCUUGAAGACAAAUUUGAAGAGGAAAUAAGCCGUAAAACUCAAACUAAAAAACCAUUGACAAAAAGUGAACUUUUGAAAAAACAAAGAACGUAUGUAAAGAAUAGAAUUAUUGUGAAGAAAUUGAGGAAUUUUCAUCGACAGAAGGAACCUACUAUUCUGACUUGGGCAGCAAGGUCGCAGAUCCAAUACUUACACAAGAAAGAUCCAAUAUAUUGGACACCAGAAAUGCUUUCUCAGAGUUUUCCAGUUCCUGUGAAUGCAAUUAAAGCAAUUUUACGGUAUGACUUUUUACCUCCAAAUGAAAAGUUUGUACAGGAGUACGAUCAAGAUGUUAUCUCAAACUGGAUACAGUUGGCGAAAGAAAAACGGAACUUGAUUGAAGGGAAGCCGGUGGAUCCAAAAUUCAGGUCACUGCUUGAAAGUGAGAAAAUGAGUUAUAUAGUAAAUGCCGCCGGAUCAAAAUCAUUUCCCAUACCGGAACCGCAAAAUCUUCAAAAAACCCUUCUAGACGUAGCAGAGGAAAGGAGACCUAAGACGAGAGGUAUAUUAAGUGCAAUUCUUGACGACUAUAAAAAAGACAAGGAAUUUGUGAAAGAGAAUAAAGAAACAAACUAUAUUGAUUUUGAAGAUCCCAAGUAUAUAGAUUUGUUAAAAGACCUUUCACAGAUAGCUUCUAAGGAAUUCCAGGAUUUACUUGAAGCAAGAACUCGUGAACAGUUUUCAGACCAAGACGAUAUUCAAGAUACUGGUGGCGUGUUUCUGGAGAACCACACUGAUACAGAGUUAGUCCAAUAUAGAGAUAACAAAUUCACACAAAACUCGAAAAUUUAUACGGAUAGGAGUCCAAAUAAAUUCAAAGAUCGGUAUCAAAAGUUUUCUAAAGAUUCAAAAAACGUUUAUGAUAAGAGGGGAAAAUACACACAUAGUAAGGAAAAUUCUUAUGAACAAAGAAAGUUUAAUAGAAAAUAUGAAAGGAAAUGAACAAAAAAAUUUGCAAAUGAAAGACAAUGUUUCAACAUUACUAUAUUAACAAGUGUUAUUGCCUGCCAGUUCUGCAUAUCUUUUGUUUUAUUUCAUUAAGUUCAAAGGAAAA